AUGGAGGACCUCAAUCGUGAUGGCCAGACCAUCAUCGAUGCUACUAAACCCAUCGCGAUCGAGCGUGAGGAUCCUCUGAGAUCGGCAUCAACCAGUGAUUUCGAUGUCCCUCAUUUUGAUACGAAUGCAACGAAGAGACUGCUUCGCAAAAUGGACAUACGGCUGGUUCCGUUUCUGGCCCUGCUUUACUUGUUGAGCUUUUUGGAUCGUACCAAUAUUGGAAACGCUCGUCUCUUCGGUCUUGAAGCCGAUCUCCGAAUGAAAGGCCUCGAUUACAACAUUGCUUUGGCCGCUUUCUUCCCGACCUAUGUUGCCGCCGAGAUCCCUAGCAACAUGAUGAUAAAGCGUUUUGGAGCAAAGUUCUGGUUCACCACGAUCAUGGUAGUCUGGUCUAUUGUUGUAAUCGCCAUGGGUUUUGUCUCGAACUUCUCCGGACUUGUUGUUGCAAGAGCAUUUCUCGGCCUUGCGGAGGGAGGACUGUUCCCAGGUGUCAGCUAUUAUAUCACCACGUGGUAUCGCCGCCAUGAAUGUGGACUCAGGCUCGCCUUAUUCUUCUCCGCGGCUACGGCUGCAGGUGCAUUUGGUGGCCUGCUUGCCGCCGGAAUUGGUCGAAUGGCAGGCGUUGCAGGACGUUCGGGCUGGUCAUGGAUCUUCAUACUUGAAGGUCUGCUCACUUUGGUUAUAGCCGGCGCUGCUUACUGGAUUAUCGUCGACACACCACAAAAGGCAAACUUCCUUACUCCUGCUGAACAACACGAAGCCAAACGAAGACUUACGGAUGAUCGGAGCGGCCUUUCCGACGACUUCCAGAUGAAGUUUGUGUGGGAUGCACUGCGAGAUUGGAAGAUCUACGUUCACAUGCUUAUCACUCUGGGGGUGUACACUCCAGUGUACUCGAUCUCGCUAUUUCUGCCCACUAUUGUGCGCGGCAUGGGCUACUCGAACGAGCAGUCACAGCUGAUGACCGUGCCACCUUAUGUUACUGGCUGCAUCAUCACUGUCACUGCAGGGUACAUGGCUGAUAGGAUGAAGACUCGUGGCAUUUUCAUGCUUGGUUUCACUCUUCUAGCCAUCGUCGGCUGGGCUAUGCUACUCUCGUCUGGCGCCUCUGCUAUCCAAUACACCGGCACCUUCUUGGCCGUCGCAGGUAUCUUUCCUCUGGUGCCAAUAGGAGUGGCAUGGAAUGGUAACAAUAUCGGUGGAAGCUUGAAGCGAGGGGUUGGGAUUGCAAUGCAUGUUGGCGCUGGCAAUCUUGGUGGAACGAUUGCGGCGUUCAUCUACCUCCCAAAGAGUUCACCGAGGUUCAUCUCGGGGCAUGCCGCAUUAAUCGGCUUGAUAUCGAUGUCAUUCGUGCUGUCGCUCUUCAUGACAAUGUACUUGCGAUGGGAGAACCGACGCCGUGAUCAGUGGGCUUUGGAGAACAAGAUCAUGCCUGAGGAAUACACAGAGGAACAAAAACAUUUGGAGCGAGAGAAAGGGGAUUAUGCGUCAUUUUUUCGAUAUACGGUUUAG